AAGAUUCACACGAGAAUGUGAAUGAUGAAAAGGUAUGUAACUAAAUGAAUCUGAUUGGUUUUUAUAAAGAAUAUCUUUAGUGAUUUAAAAUGUCUUUUAAAUUUAUAGGUUGCUCAAGAAGAGGGAGCCACGGAUGAGGUUCCACAUGCUACUGAAGAAAACGAUCCACAAUGCUCGAAUGUCAAUGAUAAGGUAUGCUUUAGAAGAGAUUUACAACGUUUUUAAAGGAUUUUACAACUUAUUUAAAAGUUUCUAUAAAAAAUUUACAACCUAUUUUAAACUAUUUAUAGGUUUCUCAAAAAAAGGAGAAACAACAUGAAGAGAUGAGAAACAUGGAUGGGGCUCCACAGGGAACUCAAGAAAGUGAUUCACAACGAUCAAAUGUGAAUGAUAAGGUAUGCAUUAAUGAAAAAAGUUUUUUGUAAUGUUUACAACAUUUUUUAAAGGAUUUUACAACUUAUUUAUAGGUUGACAAAUGUUUCUACAACUUAUUUAUAGGUUGCUCAAACAGAGGAGGCACAACAUAACAAGAUGGGACACUCAGAGGAGCCGUCACAAGAGAGUGAUUCACAACAAUCGAAAGUGAAUGAUAAGGAAGAAGAAGCUCGGCUAAAGAAGGAACAUUCAGAUCGAAAACUAAGUGAGAUAGAACAGAAGGAAAUUGAUGAUAGGGUCAUACUCUGGGCUAAAAACAAGAACUUCAUUUUUAUGAUGUCAUCACUUCACCAGAUUAUUUGGUCCAAUAGUUCAUGGGAGACUGUUCAUCACUUCAAUUUGGUAAACAAUGACAAUGAGAUAGGUUUAGCAAAACGUAAAGCACUGCUUGCUUUACAUCCAGACAAACAACAUGGAGCUAGCGCCGAACAGAAGUAUCUGGCAACAAGCGUAAUAAAGCAAGAAUGGGAUAUCUACAUCAGGAAAAAGCAAGUCUGA